GGACCUUCUGUACGUCCCUCCAUUCGCGGGGUCGCUGUUGGAAGGCAGGGCUAUCGGGAGGCUGCGGCCUGUGCCGAGCAGAUUUACGGUCUCCAUCAUGUCUGGAGCCUGCAGUCCCCUCGCCCUGCUCCUCUGCGGCUGUUACGCGGUGGCCCUGGGAGCCCACACCGGGGAGCGCGAUGUGGCGGAGGAUGGCGACACUCAACAGUACGUGGCCGCGGUGUACGAGCACCAUUUGAUCUCGAGUCCAAACCCUCUAGCUCUCACCAGCCGCAAGCAGGCCUUGGAGCUGAUGAACCAGAACCUGGACAUCUAUGAGCAGCAAGUGAUGACUGCAGCCCAAAAGGGUGUACAGAUUAUAGUGUUUCCAGAAGAUGGCAUUCAUGGAUUCAACUUUACAAGAGCAUCCAUUUACCCAUUUUUGGACUUCAUGCCGUCUCCCCCAUUGGUCAGGUGGAACCCAUGCCUGGAGCCCCACCGAUUCAAUGACACGGAGGUACUCCAGCGCCUGAGCUGUAUGGCCAUCCAGGGAGGGAUGUUCCUGGUGGCCAACCUCGGGACGAAGCAGCCUUGUCAUAGCAGCGACCCAGGGUGCCCACGGGAUGGAAGAUACCAGUUUAACACGAACGUCGUGUUCAGCAGUAACGGAACCCUCUUAGACCGCUACCGCAAGUACAACCUCUACUUUGAGGCAGCUUUUGAUACCCCUCCCCAGGUGGACCACAUUAUCUUCGAUACCCCGUUUGCUGGCAAGUUUGGCAUCUUUACCUGCUUUGAUAUAUUGUUCUUCCGCCCGGCCAUCGAGCUCCUCCGAGACCCCGAGGUGAAGCACAUCGUGUUUCCGGCCGCCUGGAUGAACCAGCUCCCGCUCUUGGCAGCCAUUCAGAUUCAGAGUGCUUUCGCCAGAGCCUUCGGUGUCAACUUGCUGGCUGCUAACAUCCACCAGCCGUCUCUGGGGAUGACUGGAAGUGGCAUACACACGCCUCUGAAGUCCGUCUGGCACCAUGACACGGAAAACUUCACAGGUCACCUUAUCAUUGCCCAGGUAGCCACAAACCCACAGGGUCUCGGUACAGAGAAUGCCACAGAGGAAAUGGACCCAUUCCAUAGCAGGUUUUUAAAACUCUUGGCGGGCGAUCCGUACUGUGAGAAGGAUUCUCAGGAAGUCCAUUGUGAUGGAGCCCCUAGGUGGAACAUGAAUGCCCCUCCCGUGUUUCACGCUGAGAUGAUGUAUGACAAUUUCACCCUGGUCCCGGUGUGGGACAAGGAGGGCCACCUGCGAGUCUGUGCGAACGGCCUCUGCUGCCAUUUACUUUACCAGAGGCCCACUGUGUCCGAAGAGCUGUACGCCCUCGGCGUCUUCGAUGGCCUCCACACCGUGCAUGGCACUUACUAUGUUCAAGUGUGCGCCCUGGUCAAGUGUGGGGGUCUCGGCUUUGAGACCUGUGGGCAGGAGAUCACAGAGGCCACGGGGUUGUUUGAGUUCCACCUGUGGGGUAACUUCAGUACUUCCUAUAUCUUUCCUCUGUUUCUGACCUCAGGGAUGACCCUAGAAGCCCCUGACCAGCUGGGCUGGGAGAAUGACCACUACUUUCUGAGGAAGAGUGGACUGUCCUCGGGCCUGGUGACGGCAGCCCUCUAUGGGCGGCUGUAUGAGAGGGACUAGGAAAGUAAGGGCUGGGCUCUGGCUACCGCUUAGACAGCCCUGAACUUGUACAGGCCAUGGCUCACAGCACUGGGACCACCUCUACCCAUCCUGGGAGCUGGGGGAAGAAACAGGGGAGGCAGAUUCCCCCAGCGUCUCUUCCUCUUCCAUGAAAAUUAUUGAGCCUUUUUUUUUGUGUGUAUUUUCUACCCACAUUUAUCUUUUCCAAGCCACAUCUUCCUCCAGCAAAUCUCUCCUUACACAGUUGGCGUUGAGAGUUAAACAAAAUAAAUGCUGGUUUAUAAUGUACACGUC